CGAAUACACACACCAAGGGGAACUCAUACAGACUAAGAUACUGAUUCCCAGCACAAAACUGGGGUCCCGCUGUCUCGGGCCAAACGGACCUCCACCCUCGUACCCUGCUGUGAAGAUCUGAAGAUCUACUGGGGGCCUGAGCCAGCAAUGGGAGGGAGCAGCGCGCGGAGGAAGCGCCCCGACCGCCCGCAGGUACUGUUUACCCUGCUGCUGCCUUUGUUCUGUCCCGCGCUGGGCCAGCCGGUCCGCUACUCCAUCCCCGAGGAGCUGGACCGCGGAUCGGUGGUGGGGAAGCUCGCCAAGGACCUGGGGCUCAGUGUCCUGGAAGUGUCGUCUCGGAAGCUGCGGGUCAGCGCUGAGAAGCUGCACUUCAGCGUGGAUUCGGAGAGCGGGGACUUACUGGUGAAGGACCGCAUAGAUCGCGAGCAGAUAUGCAAAGGGAGGAGAAAGUGUGAGCUGCAGUUGGAAGCUGUGCUGGAAAACCCUUUAAAUAUUUUUCAUGUCGUUGUGGGAAUUGAGGAUGUUAAUGAUAAUGCUCCUCAAUUCGAGAAGAAAGAAACGCGUUUAGAAAUCUUAGAAACUGUGGCGGUUGGUACACGAAUACCCCUUGAGCCUGCCACUGACCCCGACAUAAAUUUGAAUUCGGUUAAAGAUUACCAGAUAAGCUCCAACCCUUAUUUCUCAUUAAUGGUUAGAGUUAAUCCUGAUGGUGGCAAAACCCCAGAGUUGUCUCUGGAGAAACUCCUAGAUAGGGAAGAACAGAGGUCUCAUCGCUUGAUACUGACUGCCUUGGAUGGAGGGGACCCACCCCGGAGUGCCACCACUCAGAUAGAAAUAUCUGUAAAGGACAACAAUGACAACCCUCCAGUGUUUAGCAAAGAGGAAUAUUGGGUCAGUGUUAGUGAAAAUCUGUCCCCAGGAUCCUCUGUGUUGCAAGUGACAGCCACUGAUGAGGAUGAGGGCGUCAAUGCUGAGAUACUUUACUACUUUCGGAGCACUGCGCAGAGCACAAGACACGUGUUCUCACUAGAUGAGAAAACAGGCGUGAUCAAGAAUAACCAGUCUCUGGAUUUUGAAGACAUAGAGAGGUACACCAUGGAAGUAGAAGCGAAGGACGGCGGUGGUCUCUCUACACGGUGUAAAAUCAUCAUAGAAGUCCUAGAUGAAAAUGACAACAGUCCAGAAAUCACCAUCACCUCCCUUUCUGAUCAUAUCUUGGAGAAUUCUCCUCCGGGAGUGGUGGUUGUCCUCUUCAAAACGAGAGAUCGGGAUUUCGGAGGAAAUGGGGAAGUCACGUGUGAUAUAGGCAAAGACCUGCCUUUCAAGAUCCAAGCUUCUUCUAGCAACUACUACAAGUUAGUAACAGAUGGAGCCCUAGACCGAGAGCAGAACCCACAGUACAAUGUCACCAUCACCGCCACGGACAAAGGCAAGCCAGCACUCUCUUCCAGUACAACCAUCGUUCUGCACAUCACUGACAUUAACGACAACGCUCCGGCUUUCCAGAAAUCUUCAUACAUAGUCCAUGUGGCAGAGAACAAUCCGCCUGGAGCCUCCAUCGCUCAAGUCAGCGCCUCCGACCCGGAUCUGGGGGCCAAUGGUCAUGUCUCCUACUCCAUCAUAGCCAGUGACCUGGAGCCUAAAUCGCUGUGGUCCUACGUGACCGUGAAUGCGCAGAGCGGAGUGGUGUUCGCACAGCGCGCCUUCGACCACGAACAGCUGCGCUCCUUCCAGCUGACACUGCAGGCGCGCGACCAGGGAAAGCCCUCGCUCAGCGCCAACGUGAGCAUGCGCGUGUUGGUGGGUGACCGCAACGACAACGCGCCACGCGUGCUGUAUCCCGCGCUCGAGCCCGACGGCUCUGCGCUCUUCGACAUGGUGCCACGCGCUGCCGAGCCUGGAUACCUGGUAACCAAAGUGGUGGCGGUGGACGCAGACUCAGGACACAAUGCCUGGCUGUCUUACCACGUGCUGCAGGCCAGCGAUCCCGGGCUCUUCAGCCUGGGACUGCGCACAGGCGAGGUGCGCACAGCGCGUGCCUUGGGCGAAAAGGAUGCUGCGCGGCAGCGCCUGUUGGUUGGUGUUCGCGAUGGUGGACAGCCACCCCUCUCGGCCACCGCCACGCUGCUUCUAGUAUUCGCUGAUAGCUUGCAGGAGGCCCUGCCAGACCUCAGUGACCGCUCACUGCCCCCUGAUCCGCAAGCCGAGCUGCAGUUCUACUUGGUGGUGGCCUUGGCCUUGAUUUCUGUGCUUUUCCUCCUGGCUGUGAUUCUAGCCAUUGCACUUCGACUGCGACACUCUUCCAGCCCCUCGGUCUGGGGCUGCUUUCAGUCUGGUCUUUGUUCUAAGGCUAGACCAGGGGUUUCUCUCAACUAUAGCGAGGGCACUCUACCCUAUUCCUAUAAUCUGUGCGUUGGGCAAACGGGAAAGGCGGAGUUAAAUUUUCUGAAAUGUAGCGCACCUUUGCCUUCUUCUCAAGAGAUCGUUUCCGGUAGUUCUCCUGGGGCCUUAAUUCCGCUUCACCUUGGAGAUGAUUUGACAACACAUCCUGAGACUCUAACACCGCAAGCCCCGCCCAACACUGACUGGCGUUUCUCUCAAGCCCAGAGACCCGGCACGAGCGGAUCCCAAAAUGGUGAUGAAACUGGCACCUGGCCCAACAACCAGUUUGAUACAGAGAUGCUGCAAGCCAUGAUCUUGGCCUCUGCCAGCGAAGCUGCUGAUGGGAGCUCUACCCUGGGAGGGGGCGCUGGCACCAUGGGUCUGAGCGCUCGAUACGGACCCCAGUUUACCCUGCAGCACGUGCCUGACUACCGCCAGAACGUGUACAUCCCUGGCAGCAAUGCCACGCUGACCAAUGCCGCUGGCAAACGAGAUGGCAAGGCUCCAGCAGGUGGUAAUGGCAACAAGAAGAAAUCGGGCAAGAAAGAGAAGAAGUAAUAUGGAGGCCAGGCCUUGAACCACAAGGCAGCCUCCCUCCCCAGCCAGUCCAGCUCGUCCUUACUUGUACCCAGGCCUCAGAAUUUCAGGGCUCACCCCAGGAUACUGGUAGGAGCCAGGGCCAUGCUCCCCGUUGGGAAACAGAAACACGUGCCCAAGCCAACACCCCCUCUCUAUACCCUAGGGAGUUGAAUAUGCAAAGAGAGUUCUGCUGGGACCCCCCUAUUCAAUCAGUGAUUGUACCCACAUGGGUAGCAGGGUUUGUGUGUGUGGACAUACACACACACACACACACACACACACACAAACCAUGCCACACUCCCUUAGUUACAGCUGAACUCCUCCAUCUUCCAACCCAGGCAGGCUUAUCCAUCUCCUGCCGCCCUCUCCCCACCCCACCCACUCCUUCAGUCCCUCUCUUUGAGCAAGGUAGCUGGGCUGUUGGGGUGACCGGUGAGCUAAGCCGGCUCCUAGUUCUGAACGGUAGGGAGAGUAUUACAAUCUUUUGGCCUCUCCUUCAGUUCAGCUUUCCCCCAAAGCAUGGUUUGGUACCAGUCUUCUCUUUUCCUUCCAGAGCCUGAGACCAAUGCUUAAGUUUUGGGGGAACAGGCACCCUCCCUCUGGUACUGAUGAUGCUUGCUGGAUUUUGGGAAGGCAUUUUGCUACUAAGCCUCUUUUCAAUGCCUGGGGACAACUAGUCUUUUGUUUUUCAUUGUUUGAUGUUCCCACUGCAUGCUGUGACUUCCCUACACCUCAAAGAAGAGACUCCUUUGCAUGUCUGGAGACAGUAGGGGGUGGUAAACUAAAGGGAAGUUGAGAGUGUAUACUGCUGGGAGUGGGGCAGUGGACAAAACAGCCUGUUAAUAGGGUCUUGCAAGGGGCUCUGUAUGUACCCAGGGGACUGGCUCAAUCCUCACAUUCUAGCCAUAGACAAACACCAGGCCAGACCCCUCCAUUCUGGUUCAGCCUGGGCAGCUUGGGCUGAGCCACCAGGACCAAUGGAUUUAAGCUGACAUUUCAGUCCAAGACGACGACUUCUAAGUGAGUUUAAGACCAGAGAGGAAAGAGGGGCCUCUGUGGGUGCUGGGUACUCCAGAGGUGCCCUUGGUGGGAGGACCAGUGGUCUUAGCAGGAAGGGGGGCCCAGCAAGGUCAUUCUUGGACCCUGGGUCUAGUCCAGUAGCUAGAAAAAGGGACCAAGUGGCCAUAAAGUCCCAGCCAAUGAUGGGGCUUUUCCAGUGGGCCCCUGUAGACCUCAAGCCCCUGGCCUCCACCUUACCAGGUGCCAUUUCUUCUCAGAAGGCCACUGCCCAGGCCCCCAGGCCGCCCCCUUGUGGCCAGAGAACGGUUAAAGCCCCCCAGUGCCUCCUUGUGCAUAGAACUUCCUCUGCCCUAGCCCUUACAGUAGUGUAGAAGAUCCCCCUCCCCCGCUGGUGUAGAAUAGCCAAUAGUAUAGUGUGGUGUGCUUUUACGUGAUGGCGAGUGGGCAGCGGGCGGUGGGCUGUACACAGCCGUCUGUCCUUUGAAUCUCAAUCUGCCUGCGCGGCCCGUGCUGUGUUUUGUGCUGUGUCCACACGCUGCGGCGACCCCUCCCUGUACUGACUUCUCUAUAAAAAGCUUCUCUUCGCAUAGUCACGUAGCUCCUGCCCAUCCCCCUUCCGAUAUCUCUCGCAAGUUUUAUACUCUAAUAUUUAUAUGGCUUUUUUCUUCGAAAAUUAAAAAUAAAAAAAUGGUUUCUUCUGAAA